AUGUUUGUCGCAUAUAAAAGAGCCGGAAAUGCGUUGAAUAAACUUAUUAAAGACACAAAAAAGAAUUAUUAUACGAUUGUUCUAAAUGAUAUGAAAAAUAAUCCAAAGAAUACGUGGAACACAAUUAAUAAAUUAACAAAUAAAAAAUCUAAGACAACUACGAUCACCAAACUUAACAUAUCAAAUGAUGUUACUGAAGAUCCAAAUAAGAUAUCACACACUUUUAAUACCUAUUUCAAGACAAUUGGAGAAAAUUUAGCUAAUGAAAUACCAGAUGCUACCGAUGUACCUGAAUCAUAUGUUACUCCUAGUAAUUCAACUUUUCAAAUACAAAAUGUGUCAGAGGUAGAUGUAUUUCAGUUGCUCAUUACAUUAAAGAUAUCCAAAGCUUGUGGACAUGAUAAGAUACCUUCAAAGCUUUUGCAAGAUUCAGCAGUAAUUAUUGCUCCAAUUUUAACUCAUAUUUUUAACCAGUCAAUUAAUACAGGUACUUUUCCAAAUGGUUUAAAAACUGCAAUAAUAUCUCCAUUAUAUAAAAGUGGAAGCAAGACAGAAUGUAACAACUAUAGACCUAUUUCAGUUCUGUCAACUGUUGCCAAAAUGUUUGAGAAACUAAUAUCAGUGCACUUGUACGAGUAUUUGGAAAAUAAUGCAAUGCUUGCCUCCCAGCAAUCUGGUUUCAGGAAAAAAUUUUCAACGGAAACAGCAAUGCUGGAUGUAACUAAUAAAUGGUUGAUAAAUAUGGAUCGAGGAUAUUUAAACGGGGUAAUAUUCCUUGAUUUAAAGAAAGCUUUUGACUGCGUAGACCAUGACAUUUUGUUAAAAAAGUUAAUUCUUUACAGCUGCAAUGGACUGACAUUAGAUUGGCUUCGAUCUUAUCUUACAAAUCGUACUCAAAUGUGUAAAAUUGCUCAAACAGUGUCCUCUCCGGCUGUUAUUACUUGUGGAGUUCCUCAGGGGUCUAACUUGGGCCCAUUACUUUUUCUUAUUUAUGUAAAUGACCUUCCUAACUGUCUAUCUUUCUCGAACACAAGUCUGUUUGCCAAUGAUACAAAUUUAACAACUAGCGGUAUAUUGGCCGAAGUUGUUCAAAGUCAAUUGAAUGAGGAUCUAGAAAAAGUUCACCGGUGGUUGCUUGCCAAUAAAUUAACUCUAAAUAUCGAAAAAAACUGA